AUUUGCCACGCAGGCGCAAAAGAAGAAAGGCUGCUGUGUCUGGAAGGACAAUCCUGUCCAAUGUUCACGUUUUCUUUAUCGGUUCCGGAAGUUGGGACUGUGUGCCGCUCUGUAUAUCUAUCCCCGUGGGACAGACCUCCAGAUCUGUGCUAGGAAUGUGUCACUGAUGGGAGAAGCCUCUGAAGUGGCUUCUCAGAAUAGAGCUGGAAAGGUCCAUGGAGGUCAUGUAGUCCAACCUCCUGCUCAAGCAGGAGACCUUACUUAUACCAUUCCAGACAAUGGGCUAUCCAGUCUCUUCUUAAAAGCUUCCAGUGAUGGAAGCACCUGCAACUUCUGAAGGCGAAGCUGUGUCACUGGUUAAUUGUUCUCAUUGUUCAGAAGUUUCUCCUUAAUGCCUGGUGGCUUCUCUCCUUGUUUUUAACAGCUUGAUUUAGAUUUGUCUGCACUUGCACAUCGGUGUUACCGCAUACCCACGCUCUGACGGGGUUGAUGGGUUGCAGGUGGUUGCAGACAGUUGUGUAGGUAGGGAUGUGCAUCUUGAGUGCUGAUUGGAUCACCUUUUGGGAGGUGGGAGGAAGGCAAAGCACAUUCCAAAGGUGUUUUUUUUUUUCAGGAGGCAACUGGACUUUCUUGAGUUUCUUUUGAAGACGUUUCGCUUUUCAUCCAAGAAGCUUCUUCAGCUCUCACUAGAUGGUGGGGAGUGGAAGGAUUUAUAUUGCUUGCAGACAGAUGGUUGUUUGCAUUCCUGUAGAGAGUCGAAGAGAGUCUAGUUGCCUCCUGAAAAAAAGCACCUUUGCAACACCCGUACCUGGAUGACUGAGAAUCUCAUAGGCAAAUGACAAAAUGGAGCAGCUGGAGGAGAGACCAACAUUUAUACGACGUGAUGGAUAAAGACUACAAAAACCACGAAGUGACAGCUCAUUCGUGGCGGGAAAUUGGAAGAACUUUGGAGGAAGAGCCAGACCGAUGCAGAGAAAAGUGGAAGUAACUGCGAGACAAGUUUGUCAGGCUGAAAAAAAGAAUGAAAACAAAGAGCAGGGAUCCUGGGCCGGCCUACUGUAUAAUGCUGUCCUGGCUGGAAGGAUUUGUAAAACACUGGGAAACCCAAGUGACUUUCAGCGGUGCUGCAGCUGAGCCUGAUAUCACUCCAGUUCCUGUAGGGCACAACUCCUUGGAUUCAACCUUGAGUAUGGAGGAGAUCUCAUUCACAUCACACCUUGCAUCCAGGGACUCAAGUGUUUCCCCAUCACACAGCAGUGAUGAUGAUGAUGAUGAGAGUUCAACCAGCGUAUUCGGUCUGUCACCCAUAAAGGCACCAGUCACUCAGUCAAGCAAGAGGAAGGAGACGAUGGGAAAGGAGGAGAUUCUCUACCCUAUUGUCACUGUGCACCAGGAGCAACUUCAAACUGCUACAAGGUCUCCAUUGAGCCCCAAUAACAACCGUCGCAAUGAGGAAUGUGCAACUUUUGCACCGGCUGUUGCAGACUCUUUGCAGAAACUUCCACCGGAACGGGUGAAAGCAACACAAUCCCAGCCCGUCGUUGUGCUUGCUGAGGCACAUUCCCAAGUUACAAAACCAGGCGGACGUGGGGAUGGAGAUUCCACCACAGAGUUUCUUCAGACAGCCUUGGACCCAAGGAGUUUUUCUAAUGACGGAGGAACGACUGCUAGGCUGCUCAGCCAGGGGCUUCUGACCUUCGAAAAAGUGGCCGUGCGUUUCACCGACGAGGAGUGGACGCUGCUGGACGCAGGACAGCGGGCCCUGUACCAGGAGGUCAUGGCGGAAAAUUAUGGGAUGGUGGCCUUUCUAAUCCAGGAGCUGCAACCAGAAAUAAAUGCAGAGGACCAGCCGGCAGGAGCAGCUGACAAAUCUGAGCAGGAAACAGAUGAUGGAGAAGAAAGAAGCCGUCCCUUUUUCCGUCUCCCCAGCGAAAGCGAGCCCAAGGCUUGGCGCAGUCCGGCUGCUGGGCCCAAGCAGGAGUGCCGCUGUUCCUGGAGGACGAUGGGGUUUUCUCCACCCUCCUUGGAAUUUAGCAUGAGAGAAUCCCAGAAAUGUUGGAAAGCCAGUGCCGAGGAAGAGGAGGCACUGCGGACCCGGAUCAGCUUCGGUGGGGGAAGGCCCCUCGGUUUUGCUGACCCUGCGGAUGUGAAGGAAGAGCUUGCGCCCGAGGAGGAGAGCCUGAACAGAGAGACCCAAGGCAGACUGGAAGAAAAACUAAGGAGACCUUUGGCAGACAUUAACUCCUCCACGUCAAUGCAGGAAUCAUCCGGCAGAGUGAAGAUCCUACACUGGAUGGAGACCAGCCCAGAAAGUGACUUCUUGGGAAAGGCCUAUCAGGGGCCGGGUUUAGGAUCAGGUAACUCAACACUGGACUCUAAGGAUGGUUUUCGGCUAGAAAGACCCAAGGAGAUAAACCAUCAUGGGACAUUAUUGGAAAGAGCCCUGGGGAAACUCACCCAAAGCCCCAACACUCAGGAAGGUCUUGAAAUUAAGCAGGAAAUGGACAGUUUGCCGGAAGUAAAGUCUGACCUGGCCUUGUUUUGUGAAGAGGUGUCUACAGACGGCUCCACGGAAAACCAUCAAGGAAGAGAUGCCGGUUUUGAUCGCUCUAGAAACCGCCAGCAAAGAGCGGAUUGUUCCGAGAAUCAGAACGCACCGACGGAAAGCGAACGGAUCUAUAAAUGCUCCUAUUGCGGGAAGAGUUUUGAGAAAAGCUUAGACCUGGUCACCCACGAGAGAGCUCACAUCGGAGAGAAGAUUUACAGGUGCUCCCACUGCGAGAAGCGGUUCUCUCACCGGAUCGACCUUCUGACCCACAAGAGAAACCACCAAGGGGAGAAGCCUCACCAGUGCAAACUGGACUGCCCCAAAUGCCACAGGCAGAGGACUUUUCCGAGGGUGCCCCGCAGAGCACCACCUGGAGAGCAGGCGUGUCAGUGCCCGGUUUGCGGGGAACGUUUCAGCUGGAAAUCAAACCUUAUCCGACACCGGAGAAUCCACACAGGGGAGAAACCCUACGGGUGCGCUGAGUGUGGGAAAAGCUACACUCGUAAAACAGCCCUUGAUAGACACAAAAGGAACCACGUGGGGGAGAAAGUCUGUGAGAUCGGUGCUCCGAGCCUGGGGCAGGCAUCAGUGUUGGUCCUCCUUGUAUGAAUCACACGGAGGUUGAUGAGAAAAAUGUCGUGUUGUAUUAAAUAUAUUAAAUGUAUUAAACAUGGGAGGAGGUUCACUUGCAGCUAAAUAAAGUUUGGAUUAAGCCGUUAA